AUGCCUUCUCAAGCUGCGCUCCUCAUUGGAGGCAUCACCCACGCGCGCAAGGAGUGGGAAGCUCUGUCUUCCAUUCUGACGCUGAAGGAAUUCCCCAGCGGAAACCGUGAAGAAUUCAUCCAGAACUGCAAGUCAGGAGAGUACGACGACGUGGUUGCAAUUUACCGGUCCAACACUUCCAACAAGUACACCGGCAAUUUUAAUGAAGAAUUGCUCUCGGUUCUGCCCAAGUCCGUCCGCUAUAUUUGUCACAAUGGUGCUGGCUAUGAUAACCUGGAUAUUCCUGGUUGCACUAAGAGGAAUAUUGCUGUCUCCAGCACUCCCGUGGCUGUGAAUAAUGCUACUGCCGAUGUGGGCAUUUUCCUGAUGAUCGGUGCCCUGCGCCAGGCUUAUGUGCCUAUUGCUGCUAUUCGGGCUGGCACAUGGCAAGGAGAGACCACCACCGGCCAUGAUCCCCAGGGCAAGGUCCUCGGUAUCCUGGGCAUGGGCGGUAUUGGACGGGAAAUGGCUACUCGGGCCAAGGCCUUUGGAAUGAAGAUUCAAUACCACAACCGCACGCGUCUCCCCGCCGAACUCGAAGCCGGUGCCACCUACGUCUCCUUUGAUGAGCUCCUCGCCAACUCCGAUGUCUUCAGUCUGAACCUGGCAUUGAACCCUUCCACUCGGCACAUCAUCGGUGCCACCGAGUUUGGCAAGAUGAAGGAUGGUGUGGUGAUUGUCAACACUGCGCGUGGAGCCUUGAUUGAUGAGAAUGCGCUGGUCGCUGCGCUUGAUUCCGGCAAGGUGCGCUCUGCCGGUCUCGACGUGUACGAGGAAGAGCCCAAGGUCCACGCCGGUCUCUUGAGUAACCCGCGGGUUAUGCUACUGCCUCACAUCGGCACAAAUACCUAUGAGACACAAAAGGAGAUGGAGAUCUUGGUUCUGGAUAACUUGAAGUUGGGAGUGGAAAAGGGAGAGUUGAUUACACAGGUACCGGAGCAGAAGCGAUAG